CGUGUGGUGUCACUGUCGGAAAACACAGGGAUACAAACAAGACUACAGUCCGUAACAGCUGAGCUAAAUUUGGGGAAAAGGGCGGUGAAACGACGCCGGUACACGCUGCUUGGUCCCCGGCUGCCCGCUGAGAUGGAUGUCCGACACGGGCUGUAGACUUCUGCGGCGGGACUGAAGAGGAUGGGCCCAGUGUCCCGGCGCCUGAGGAGAUGUCUCUGGGUCGGCUCCUGCGGCGUGCCUCCUCCAAGGCCUCCGACCUCCUGACCUUUAACCCCGGGGCGGGGGGCUCAUCGAUGCGCUCGGGUCUGGAUGGCGAGAUCAUCUUCUCCAAAAAUAAUGUUUGUGUGCACCCUGCAGAGCCCCUGCCUGGCCUGGCAGAGCACCACCCAGGCUACCUGUGUGUGCACACGGAGAAGGAUGAGAGCCUGGGCACCACUCUGAUUCUGACCUGGGUGCCCAACUCCCGCAUCCAGAGGCAGGAUGAGGAGGCGCUGCGCUACAUCACGCCAGAGAGCUCCCCUGUACGCAGGAACGCACACCGCCGAGGCCGACGACCCCACUCCCGUCACCCAGCAGCCCAGGAGGAGGAUGAGGAUGAGGAGAGGAACAUCACCAGCAGCACCUCCGCAGAGAGCCACAGCCUGGUGGUGGAGGCAGGAGCAGAUCCCUCCUCACACCAGCAGCAGCUGCCGUCUGCGGGGGAGGAGGGCGACGAGGGCUCCUGCGAGCUGUCGGACGAAGUGAGCCGGGACAGCACCAUGGGCUCGGACUCGGACACCUUCUCCUCCCCGUUCUGCCUGUCCCCCGUCAGCGAGGCCCUCUGUGAAAGCAGCGGCUCGGUCUUCCUGGACAGCGAAAGCAGGGAGCUUUGUGAGGAGUCCAUGACCCACUCCGCAAGCUCCGCCUCCAGCCUGGACAGCCACGCCCCCUCCGAGAGCGGCGGCCAGUCGCACGGCACGCGGUGGGAAGAGCAGCAGAAGGUGCUGGCUCUGGAGCAGUUGUGCGGUGUUUUCAGGGUGGACCUGGGUCACAUGAGGUCGCUGAGACUCUUCUUCAGUGAUGAAGCGUGUACCAGUGGCCAGCUGGUGAUAGCCAGCAGAGAGAGCCAAUAUAAAAUCCUCCACUUCCAUCACGCUGGCCUGGACAAGCUGGCUGAGGUCUUCCAACAGUGGAAGUGCUGCAGGGAAACUCAGCUUAAAGACCAGGUGUCAGAUGAGAAAUCCUGCAUGCAGUUUUCCAUCCAGAGGCCCACCCUGCCGUCGGCUGAGACUCACCCAGAGGAGAAGCUGUAUCGGCGGCUGGAUGUCACCACCUGGCUACGUCACCUCAACCACAGCGGGCAGGUGGAAGAGGAGUAUAAGCUACGGAAGGCCAUCUUCUUCGGUGGUAUCGACCCAUCCAUCCGUGGCGAGGUGUGGCCCUUCCUGCUGCACUACUACAGCUAUGACUCCACCUCCCAGGAGAGGGAGGCCUGGAGACUGCAAAAACGCACCCACUACCAUGACAUCCAGCAGAGGAGAUUGUCCAUGAGCCCCGAGGAGCACAGUGAGUUCUGGAGAAAGGUCCAGUUCACAGUGGAUAAAGACGUGGUGAGAACAGACCGCAGCAACCACUUCUUCAGGGGAGAGAACAACCCCAAUGUGGAGAUCAUGAGGCGGAUUCUGCUCAACUAUGCAGUGUUUAAUCCAGACAUGGGCUACUGCCAGGGCAUGUCCGACCUGGUGGCCCCCCUGCUCACUGAGAUCCAGGACGAAAGCGACACCUUCUGGUGCUUUGUCGGCCUCAUGGAGAACACCAUCUUCAUCAGCUCGCCGCGUGAUGAAGACAUGGAGAGGCAGCUGAUGUACCUGCGGGAGCUGCUGCGCCUCAUGCUGCCCCGCUUCCACCAGCACCUGACCGGGCUGGGGGAGGACGGCCUCCAGCUGCUCUUCUGCCACCGCUGGAUCCUGCUCUGCUUCAAACGAGAGUUCCCCGACACCGAGGCUCUGCGCAUGUGGGAGGCCUGCUGGGCGCACUACCAGACGGACUACUUCCACCUGUUCCUGUGUGUGGCCAUCAUCGUUCUCUACGGGGAGGAUGUGACAGAACAGCAGCUCGCCACUGACCAAAUGUUACUUCACUUCAGCAACCUCUCCAUGCACAUGAAUGGGGAACUGGUGCUACGCAAGGCCCGCAGCCUUCUCUACCAGUUCCGCCUCCUACCCAGAAUUCCAUGCAGCCUACACGACCUUUGUAAACUGUGUGGCCCGGGGAUGUGGGACAGCCGCUACAUCCCCACUGUGGAGUGUUCUGGGGAACACCCAGACUCACAGAGCUGCCCCUAUGGAGGCACCUCCACCCCCCAGCCCUCUUCACCCUCCCUGUCAUCCACACCAUCGCCCUCACCGAACCCCACCCCCACGCCUCCGCUGGAGGGCAAGAAAGGCUCCAAAACCCGGGAUAUUUUCACCUUCCGGAAACAAUCCUGAGGUGGAGGCUAUGGGGAGCUUUGCUGGUCUUGGCUCAUGUUGGUACAGCGACGGUUUGGAUCCAUCUGCUGGAUUCCUCAACUAUUUGCCGCCCUCUGACUCCUCUCCCCAAAGUCCCUGCUUCUAGUUUCACCAUCUUACUGAGGACUUUUGUCACUUGAUCCUUUUUAUGUGGAGCAAUGUGGAACACUGCCUUACCAGAAUGUUAUUCUGUAACAUUCAGCGUCACGUGAAUCCGCGAUGAGGACGGUUUGCUGUCGGAAGUCAAGAGGCUGCUUCCUUCUUGGAGCAGAAUGGACAAUCACCAGGCGCUAUGUUGGUCUGGAGCUACUUCAGGUUCAAGUCUGCUGCUGGCUUGGCAUACUUCCACGGGCUUUGUGGGCAGGGGUCACAUCAGGGUCUGAGGCAACCGGGCUGAAAUCGUGCAGACUCUGACCGCGGGUCAAAUGAAACUGGAGAUUCAUUCACAGGACUUGAACUUGAACUUUUAAGAAAUGUUCCCGUGUUCUCACAAUGGAAUAUUUGUGUGAAUCUCAAAUUACAUGUGCAUAUCUCAAGCCUGAGCAGGACAUUUUUAACAUGAAAUCCAAACCCUCGGUGUUAACAAAGAAACCUACAAAUAGGCUUUUAACAAAUUACUGGUACUUUUUGUUUGAUUUCAUUUUUAAAGAGGUGAAUGUUUGCGUUUAUAUCAGCAGUUACAAAUAUUUAGCAAUAUAUCCUUGCAUGAGCGAUUCUUGACAUAUAAAGGGCACAACAUGUUUGUUGGAAAACACUCAAGCCCAAAACAGAGGUAAGAAUGUGUUUACAUGACAAACACUCACAUCGUGAUAGGGCUCUGCAUAUUUCCUCAUCAGAUUGCGGUAAGGAACGUUUUCACAAUCUGUCUCUGUUAAGUAUGGUGUUUCCCGACAGGCAGGAGGAAGCUCUGCGUAUGUUUCCUUCUGAUAAAAGUCAGACACAAUCCUUCAUGUUACCUGUCGAGCAAUAGGAGCUUAGUCAUUUACACAUGACCAUUAAAAGAUAUAGUUUCCAGUGUGAGGUAUUGGAUUGAUAUGACAGCACUGUCUGCCAAAGAAAGAAUAGAUCGUGUUUUUAUCCUGACAGAAUGAUCGACAAAGUUUUGUCUUCUGUGUUGAACCAUGUUUAGACAGGGUUGUGAAAAAUCGUCAGCACAGUGUUUUGCUUUGUUUUCCCUCCAGCAUCCUCUACACCUUCACCUUAAAAUGAAUGACAGCGCACUAUUAACACUAAGAAUCAGUCCACAUGAAUGUAUCUUUUUUUUUUUUUGCUUCUUCUCAUUCAACAGUGUGAAAAUGUUCAGUGUGUGUGUGUGUGUGUGUGUAUAAACUGGAGUGACCUCUAAACAUCUGGUAAUGAGUUGGAGAACAUGGGCCUCCCCCACUGACCAAUCUCUUUAAUUAUAGCAGUCAUCAUGGAGAGAAAAAGAGAAGAAAAGUAAAGCUGUCUGUUGGGACUCUUCACAGGAAAAAAAAUAGGAGAGAUGGAGAGUAAAGAGACAAUUUAAGCUUUGCACAGGGACACAUACUGAUCCGCAUCUUGCCUCUGUGAUUUGCAAGUCCCAGAUGUAAAGAUGGUCUCCACUCUGAGGCUUUUCCCCGAGAGCUUUUGAGUGACACUCCUGGGUGCUGAAAACAUCUUCAAAUUGCUGCUAAAAUGUAACAUUAAGACCUUCAAUCAGCCUCCCCUCCUCCUCUCUCUGUCUCUCUUGUGGUCUCUCGCGCUCUCACUCAGCGAGCAGUCUCUGCAAAUGACAUUCAUAACUGCUCCUUUUCUGUUAGUUAUCAUGUGCAGCUGCUUGCUGGAAAUGCCCGCAGAGUUUUGAAGAUUGGGUGGCUGCGUGGAGACGUGCAAAGUCAGAGAUGCACAAUGGGAAAGUAAUCAAACUGUGUAUGUAUGUGGUGUGUGAGUGUGUUUGUGUGUGUGUGAGAGAACUCCUGAAUUCUAUCAAAAUCCUCAUUGAAACCACAUUGUCUGCACAGGCACCGCAAGUCACGAGCCUAACUAAUGACCACUCCUAUUUACAGGGGUUUCGACGAGUCAUCACUGAAUGUACAAUGUUGCUGUUGAUCUCUAUGAUAUGUUGAUGUAUUACUGUACACAUCUCAGAGAAAAAGAGCCUAUUCUUAUUCUUGGUAUUAAUAAAAAAUCACAGGCAUACUUUCAAGAAAAAUCUCUUGAACAUGUUUUACUGAACAACUGAAGCAUUUAUAAAUGCCUUUCUGACAAUAAAUGACUUGUGAUUGUGAUCCGAGACCAAGUAAAGCAAUGCUGGGAUUUACAGAACCACCACCAAGACUUUUCAUCAUUAAACACUGA